GUGCUGCCUCAGCGUCAACGCCUGUUGCCUUUAGCGGGCACCGGGUGCCUAAGGUGCGAAAACCACGAUGCUCAUGGCGCUAUGAUUUCAUCACUUUGCCCGCAGCAUCGGCGCUUGUUUCUCUAAUCCCGCCUCGGCCACACCAACUUCCAUUCGCUCCUUGUCCCAGCAUCAAAUCCAAUUGGAGCGAUACGUCGAUAACGAGAACAUAUAAUUCUUCUAUUGCCCGAUCCAUCUGUCCAUUUCGAUCCUCAAAGUAGCUCCAUGGCAGCUUCAAAACGCCUCGUCGUCUGCGGCGGCAGCGGCUUCCUCGGCUCCAGAGUCUGCAAAUACGCUGUCGCGCGAGGAUGGGACGUCAUUUCUAUUAGCCGCUCCGGUCAACCUCGAUGGGACGCCGUGACGUCUUCAGCUGCUCCGCCCAACUGGGCUCACAAAGUAACAUGGGAACGGGCCGAUAUCCUUAGACCGAAAACAUAUGCACCAUUCCUACAGGGUGCCAGCUAUGUCGUACAUAGCAUGGGCAUCCUGCUCGAAUCAGACUACAAGGGUCUCGUCUCUGGUAGGGAAUCGCCAAUCGCUGGCCUCCAAAAGAUGUUUGCGACUACGCGAGAUAGAGGUGUCAAUCCGCUCGAAAAAGGCCUCGGUGAAGAUAUAGCACCCGCAAACCCCGAAGAUCAAUUCUCAUACGAAAUAAUGAACCGUGAUAGCGCGGUAGCAUUGGCUAAACACGCUGCCGAAGCAAAGGCCGAAGGGUUCUGCUAUGUCUCCGCCUCGCACGGCGCGCCAGUCCUCCCACAACGUUAUAUUACGACCAAACGACAAGCCGAAAACCUCAUUACCAAUCAGUUCCCCGAGAUGCGCAGCGUUUUUGUUAGACCCCCUCUCAUGUACGACAACUCGCGUCCGCUAACCAUGGGUAUCGCCGCCAUGGCUGGUGCUGGUAUGAUCUUCAACAAGGCGACUGGCGGCUACCUGAAGAGCUUUAUGGGUGCGGCUGGCGAUAAACCUGUCAAGGUGGAAAUGGUGGCUGAAGCGAUUGUAGAAGCGCUUGAUGACGGAAAAGUCCAAGGCCCUGUUGAGACAAAACAAAUGGAAGAGCUUGCAACCAGGUCUUGGAGAAAGACGAUGCUUUAAUGACGGCAACAGGCAGUCAAUGUACAGAAAUAUAGUUUAGGUCCGAAUCCCAGCUUGAUCAAAAUGUAACAGUAUUCCAUUGAUAUAAUAUCUACAAGCAAUAUGCUGACCCUUGCCACCGGUAUAAACGCCGUAGUAACCCAGCUUCCAAUAGUCCAAAAUAAAUAUACGCCGUUUAAAUCAUAGUGCCACGUUCGAAACUGUCCCGGAUGUCCGACGUGUACUUGUCGUAGAAUCUGGCAAGCUUCUGGUUGAACUGCUUGUUCUUCUCGUUAAUGUACGUCACAUCGCCGUCAUCGCCAUUCUUAGCCAUGCGCUCCUUGCGCUUCUUCAGGCUUUGUUCCUCAGCUCUGCGCAAAUCUGCAACCAGGCGGUCAACCGCGGCCUUGUCUGGCUUGCUCUCAGCAAACGAUGUUGAGUCGGCCGUCGAGUAAAAUGUGCCGUCCUUGUCCACUGCAAUCAUUUCGCCAUCCUCGGUUUCGACGAUUUCAAGUCCGCCCGAAGCUGCUGCCUUUUCAAUAGCUGCAAGCUUCUCUUUGUGGUAUUGCUCCAAGUCGGGGUUGAUGUUUUGCAGCUGUCGUUUGUACACCUUGUUGCUUUCUUGCUGGUAGUCGUGGAAGACAUUGUUGUCGCGAGCUGCCGCCUUCUUCUUGAGUCGCUUAUCCCAUUUUUCGCUCUCAUCAAUAGUCCAAUCCCAGGCGCGCUUCCUCUCAAAGUCCUCGCCAGCUUCUUCUGUCUCGGCCUUGAGUAGCUUAUGCGACGCAAUAGCGUGUCGACGACGGAUGCCUGCGAGUUGUGUAGGGUCUUGUGCUAGUCGCUCCGAUUCGAUAGUAACCUCCUUCAUGUUGGUUUCUGAUGAUGUCUUUGCUCUCGCCUUCAGAGCCUUGAAACGUGCCAUGCGAUCUUGAGCAGAUGUCGUUGAGCUGCUGGCCUCAGCCGCGAGCUCAGCAGCCUUUGCCUCGACGGCGGGAGGCGCCUCGGAAUCAGGUUUCGGCUCUUCAUUGUCCGCUUCAGCGCCUCUCUUCUUCGACGGAGGCGCCAUCUUUUGUGAUAGUGUGUAUGGAGGAUGUUGGUGAUGCGUCGAGACUCAAAGUUUU